CAGACUAGAGAACUUCAUCAUGAGGGACAUUUCGGACGGGUCUAUUUGGCACCUGAGCCGGACACAACUCUCACGAGAACUGGGAGACAAUGGAAGAGUGCGCGAUGUUCCCAUGGACGGAGGGGGCCGCAAGCUAACAAGCCAUCGCUUCGGCUUACACCUCACGAUGAAUGCUGACUGGUUUGGCAUGCUCGAGCGACCACAUUCAACGGGCCCGAUCUAUUACUGUAUCAAUGACCUUCCCAUCCAAGAGCGCUUCGUCCAGCGCAACAUGCUUUGCGCAUGCAUCAUGCCCGGCCCGAAGGAACCAACGGCCCAACAGCUCAAUCACUGUAUGGAGCCGUCUACGAAGGAAAUUGCGGAACUGAAGAAAGGUGUGAAGAUGGAUAUCUUUGGCGAAGAACCACAAGAAGUCUUCGCUGAUGAGACCCUAGAUGAUUGCGACACUCCUGGCGCUCGGAAGAUGUGCGGAUUGGCAUCCCACACCCACGGAAUGCAGCCCUGCCCAUGGUGCCAUGCGACGAGUACGGAUAUAAACAAACCGGAGGGAUACGAACCUGAUAGCUUUGUGAAGAAGGAUGACUCGGAGCUGCUGCGCCAGUCUUUCAUCUCGAAGGGUGCUCAUCCACUACGACAGACUCAGAUCUUGGAUGACUACGGCAUACGAUGGUGCGUCAAGAGUCUGCUGCCUGAAUGGCUUCCGACGAGGAAGUGCGCUCUCGACUUCAUGCACAAUAUAUUCCUUGGCAUCAUCGGACAUCUAUUCGUCAAAGUACUCUUCGCAGGUUACAUGUUUUCAGCAGCCGGCGGUGCCCACUCUUCAAAGCAGCGGUUCGAAGAUCUCGUUAACUCGGUGCAAUGGCCUAGCCAUGUCACACGAUUGCCCAAGAACCUCGGAGAGAACCAGUCGCUGAAGAAGGCUGAUGAAUGGCGGAGGCUGCUUCACAUUACCCCCGUCCUGCUUUGGUGGGCCUGGAAAGAUGGUGCCGAUGAGAUUCCCAAUAGCGAGCCCCCACUCCCGAGCAAUACGAAGAGCAAGCCAACUCAUUCACGCAACCGUAGGUCACUGUAUUCCGCAAUAUUGAAGCUUUGU